CCAACCUCCACCAACUUGGACUAGCACUGUCACCCCACCCGAUAUCUAUUCUCUAUUUAACAAUCCGGAUACCUCCUCUCGACUAAACUUGUACUUGUAUCUCAACUUCACUACGUAUGGACCCACGCGUCUUCUCCCUUUCUCAGCCAGCGACAACCAGGCGCAUGUCGGCUGCGAAAGUCCCACUGUCGGCCCGGAGCCACAUCGAGAGCUUGGAUGCGGGGCUAUGCUCGGUCGAAGGUGCUCGUGAGGUUAUCUCAGACAUUCGUGCGCGUCGGAAUGUCACCAAGCUCAUCCUUGGACACAACGAGCUUGGCGAUGCCGGCUGCGAGGUGCUCUUCGGGUUUCUUAGCACGGAGAAGGGCAGGCAAUACCCCAUCUCCGAGAUUAGCUUGAACUCGAACGGCAUAGGCGACCGCGGCUUGCGCACCAUCAUUGAAUAUCUCAGGGAUAAUACUUCACUAAGGGAGCUGUUCUUGCAGAACAACGCAUUCACUGCGAAGCCUGACGUGACGACUGCCUUCGCCGAGGCACUAAACACAUCGCAGCUUGAGACGCUCUCCCUCACGACCAACGCUGGGCUCGGCGACGCGUUCAUCGCUCAAUUCUUACGCGUCCUCGACGCUCCUUAUCUGCAGGAGAUGCAGCUCUCCGUCCUCGGCCUUACACACGCAUCUGCUCCGUACAUCGUCGACUACAUGUCCUCCCCGCGCUGCCGCCUCCACGUGCUGCGUGCGAACGGGAAUAGACUGGGUCUGCGCGGCGCGCGCACUAUCGUCCGCGCGAUACACCGACACAAUUUCACACUCGCCAAACUCGAAAUGUAUGCCAACGGACUUGCGGACCCAGACCCAGAUGCGUCGGGCGAGACGUCCGCUAGCGACGACGAGGGCGCGCUGGGGGCAGGUGGAGCCAUCUGGCAAGACAGCGAAAAGGAGCUGGCGCGAGCACUCCAGCGAAAUAGGCUUUUGAGAGAGGCCACGGAGCGCGAGGCCCUCAGCCUUCUUCGAUACGCGCGGGCUGUCCUGCUCAAGCCGAGGAAUGCGGGCGCACCCUCGGUAUCGAGAGCGUUAGUACCCUUGCCAUGCGCAAGAGACAGCCUAUUCUCGUCAAUGGGCACGGAGCCACCUGCGCUGCCUUUCCGGUUCACAAGCCUGCCGACAGAGCUUCAGCUCGAUAUCCUGUCGUUCACGCUCCCGCCCUUGCUGCCUUCGCUCUCAUCCAGAGCGACCCUACCGAACCCAGCGACGCUGCCCUUCGGCGGCGUACCGAUGGGCGUAGGCAUGAUGUUGCGAAAGCGUCGGGGAUUCACUUCGGGCUGUGACGGGGUUGUAACCGGGAGCAAGCCUGCGACGCCUGGCAGUGGGAGGAAGGUGGAGGAGCGGGCGCGGUGGCUGACGCUGAUGAGGUGUGAUGCGUUUGAGCUGGAGGAGGACGGUGACUGGAGCGAGGCGGAUGUCCUCGCACUUGGGAUUUAACUCGUGAGUGAUCCGUCACUGGCACUUCGAUGAUCGUCAUCUACUUUCGAUUUGCACACAUUGGGUAUUCAGCAGAUUUGUAUACCUAUCGGUUCUUGAUUUGUACUGUACAUUGGAUUGAUUUACUCCCCCGAUCCCGCUGUCCGAGACUCAUCUAGUGUAUAAGUAUGUUGUACUUGUACUCUGGCUUGAACAGGCUUUUGGCUACC